GCCCUGGUCCUGCCACGCAGACUUCCGCCCGGUGCGAAGACCGAGGGCUGGCAGCGAGUGGCGUUGGAGGUGAAGUCGUGACUCGCGGUGUGGAGCCGCAGCCUUGGUGCGUCCCUGCCGCGUGCCUGGCCUCAGUGCUUGGCGAGAGCGCAGCCCGUCAGCCAAAGACUCCAGCCGAGGCAUCAUGUCGGAAGGAAACGGAGCGGGCGAGCCCAGCGCUCCAGGAGGAUCCCGGCCCCUCUUGUCUGGGGCGCGGGGGCUUAUUGGGCGGCGACCGGCGCUGCCCCUUACCCCUGGCCGCCUGCCCUCCAUCCGAUCCAGGGACCUCACCCUCGGAGGAGUCAAGAAGAAAACUUUCACCCCAAAUAUCAUCAGUCGGAAGAUCAAGGAAGAGCCCAAGGAAGAAGUAAUUGUCAAGAAGGAGAAGCGUGAAAGGGACAGAGACCGACAGCGAGAGGGCCAUGGGCGGGGCCGGGGGCGCCCAGAAGUGAUCCAGUCCCACUCCAUCUUUGAGCAGGGCCCAGCUGAAAUGAUGAAGAAAAAAGGGAACUGGGAUAAGACAGUGGAUAUGUCAGACAUGGGACCCUCUCAUAUCAUCAACAUCAAAAAAGAGAAGAGGGAGACAGAUGAAGAAACAAAGCAGAUCCUGCGAAUGCUGGAGAAGGAUGAUUUCAUUGAUGACCCUGGUCUGAAGAAUGACACUCGAAACAUGCCUGUGCCAUUGCCACUGGCUCACUCAGGGUGGCUUUUUAAGGAAGAGAGUGAAGAACCAGAUAAACCUUGGCUGGCUGGCCCCAAGGAAGAAGACAUGGAGGUGGACAGACCUGUUGUGAAAGUGAAAGAGGAGCCACAAGAUGAGGAGGAGGAGGCCAAGAUGAAGGCUCCUCCUAGAGCAGCCAAGAAGACCCCAGGGCUGCCGAAAGAGGUGUCUGUGGCAGAGCUGCUCAGGGAGCUGAGCCUCACUAAGGAGGAAGAGCUGCUGUUCCUCCAGCUACCAGACACCCUCCCUGGCCAGCCACCCACCCAGGAUAUAAAGCCUGUCAAGACGGAAGUACAGGGCGAGGAUGGGCAGAUGAUGGUCAUCAAGCAGGAGAAAGACCGGGAAGCAAGGCUGGCAGAGAGCACUUGUUCCCUGGCUGACCUGACCGAAGGUCAGGUGGGCAAGCUGCUCAUCCGCAAGUCAGGAAAGGUGCAGCUCCUCCUGGGCAAGGUGACUUUGGACGUGACCAUGGGAACCACCUGCUCUUUCCUGCAGGAGCUGGUGUCUGUGGGCCUUGGAGACAGUAGGACAGGGGAUAUGACAGUCCUGGGACAUGUGAAGCACAAACUUGUAUGUUCUCCCGAUUUUGAAUCCCUCUUGGAUCACAAACACCGGUAAAAUGAGCAGAUGGAGGAGGAUGGCGAUGGUGCCCACGGCUGCUGCCUGCUGCAGACGUUUUGUUCUCUAAUCUGAGCGACCCAGAGGGGGCUGUUGAGCCCACCCACUCCAGCCUUUGUCAGCCGUUGUCCUAAUUUCACCCAGGGCCCACAAGACUUUUUCCCACAGAAGCUGUGAAUGGCACAAUGCCCUUCACACAGCGUGGACACUGCACAUCCUGGCUGCUAGGGACUUGUCUCUGCUAUUUAUUUUUAUAUUUAUGUCUUAAUAUCUUACGCUGACUGCAUCCUCCUGAGGGGUGCGGGAAGAGGGUCUAUGGAAAAGUGCAGGCUCCUUCUCUUAGAGACAGUUGGGCCAUGGGGCAGGAAGUGAGGGUUGCAGCUUUGGCUCGGGUGCCCUUCUUGGGAGGCAGCUGAUAGGAGAGAGCUGGGAUGGAGGCUCAGAUGUACAAGCCCAGGCCCAGCUCAGCAGUUCGUAGACCCUGGACAAACUACCUAACCUGUCUGAGCCUCAUAUUCCUCAGCUGACAAAAAUGGAGAUAAUAACCUACCUCAUGGGGUUGGCACGAGGAUUAAUAGGAUGUCAUUGAUGAAAACUCCUUGCACAAGGCCAAACCCAGUAGGGGCUCAAUAAAUGUUUCCCUCUCCUUUUCCUGAGUCUGUUUUCAUGUGAAAUGAAAGUGACUGGACUUACUCAUUUCCCUACUUCUGCCCCUCUGUGCUUGCCCCGUGUCCCAUCCCCAUCUGGUCUUGGUGCUCCUAGUGUUCAAGUUCAAGCUGUUCUAUGCCCUUUUCUCCUUGUUACUCUUAUUUUGCUUUGUUUAGUGAGGACCAGUAGGCAGAUCUCCUGCUUACUCUUAGCUAAGCAGUGGUUGUGUGAGUUAGUAGCUGUAGACUGAUUAGAGACUCUAAUAGCUGUACAGACUAUUAGAGACUCUUCCCAGCACCCUCCUACAAAUGCCUUUGCAUGAUACGGUGGGCUCAGGACUCAUUCCCCACACCCCAUCCCUGCUAGUCUUCGUCUAGCUUUCACUUAUGAUAAAUAUUUCUUCUGAGAAACUUACAAGUGUUCAACAGUGAAUUAUCACCACAGGAAGUCAAAUAUUGCCCAUAUAUAUAUAUAUUUUGAGAUAAGCUCUUGGUAAGAGAAGUAGGGACUUUAGAAUAAUACUUGGCAGAUGACCUCCCACUUCAAAAGGUUUGCGUUUGAGAAGUCUUCUGUCCCUGGAAGAACAGCUUCUCUUCCUCUUCCCUUGACAAUAGAGAUGGAGAGAUAUUUGCAGGGUAGAGAAGCCUCAGACAGCAGCAGUCUGUAGCUAUUAGACACUGUGGCACAGCUGCUCAUUGCACAUUGCCUCUGGAACAGGGAUAAACCACAGCAGUUCAGUGAGAACUGCCCUUUCUUGGCCCCAAGGGUUUUGGAUACAUCUUCAGUCUUACCUUUCAGUUAUUCAUUCAUCACAACUGGGGCUUUAACUAUAGAGACCCUCAGGCUGCCCAGCCAGCAGCUCUGAGGGGCAAUUGGGUAUUUGGUGACCACACUGUCCCUUCUAAAGCUGAACGCUCAGGUUGGCUCUGUUGGAUAAUGUUCUGGUCUCUGCAUGUUGUAGGGGACUGGAGCAGAAAGGGUCCCUCGGAAACACGUGCUGUGGAAGUUCUCUUUGCUCUGAGACUGUGCUGUGUGUGAUUAGCUCUGGCUUCAGUACUUUUUCCCCUUAAAUAGCUGAUGCACUGCCAGUGGGUCUUCAUUGUGAUCCUCUCCUUUCUGUUCUGUUUCUUUGGUUCAGAAAUAAUCUGCUUUUUUUAGAUGAGCUCAGUGGCCUGGUGUUGUUAGAUGUUGGGUGUUUUGCAGUCUUUAGUUCUUUGACUCUUCCAAGAAGGUUUGGGAAAGAGCAUGUACUGCUUUCAUGUUCAUUUCACCUGUUCAGAUAUCUUAGGCCUUGAACCUUAUGACUACAUGAAAGUCCUCAUGGCCUAUCUCUAGAUCCCCUAUGUGCAAAUUAGAUCUUAACCAAUAAAAG